CAUGCUUUUAUUUUCUGUGUUAGACAGGGCUAUGAAGAACUGGAAAGACAACUGAAAGAAGUCUUUAAGGAAAGGAGCAAUAUCCUUCGUCAACUGUCGAAGACUUCUAAAGAACUUGAGGGAAUUAAAGUAAACCUCCAGUCUUUGAAAAAUGAUGAAGCAUCAGCCAAAAAUGAUGUGCAGAAACUUCUGGAACUGGGCCAAAAGCAAAGGGAAGAAAUGAAGUCUCUCCAGGAGGCCUUUCAAAAGCAGCUUAAUGAGGCAACUGAGAAAGCAGAAAAGCAGCAGGCUACUAUUAACUUUUUGAAGACUGAAAUGGAAAGGAAAAGUAAAAUGAUCCGUGACCUUCAAAAUGAGAACAAAAGCCUCAAAAACAAGCUCCUGUCAGGAAACAAGCUUUGUGGUAUUCAUGCAGAAGAGUCAAAAAAGAUUCAAGCCCAGCUGAAAGAGCUUCGUUAUGGGAAAAAAGAUUUGAUUUUUAAGGCACAACAGCUAACAGAUCUGGAGCAAAAACUAGCAGUUGCAAAAGAUGAAUUGGAAAAGGCAGCACUUGACAAAGAGUCACAGCUGAAAGCUCUGAAGGAGACUGUGCAGCUUUGCCUGUCUGCUGUUCUGCACAAUCAGCCUCCUGCUACGAAUCUAAUCCCUUCAAAACCAGCUGAGAAGUUGACAUCCCCAGUUACAAAGGGCUCAAAAGUUCCAUUUCAAGUGACAAGCACCAAG